GCUGGAGCCCGGGGGGCGGGGCCGGGGUGAGACGGCGGCAAGAUGGCGGCCCCCAUGGGCGAGGUGUUCUCGCGCUGCUCACAGUCACAGGCGGCGGCCGCGCGGCUCCGUGUACACGAGGCUGCUCCCGCCAAGGGAAAAGGGCUGUUUGCCACUAAAGCGAUAAGGAAAGGGGAGACGAUCUUUGUGGAGAAGCCCCUCGUUUCCGCUCAGUUUCUCUGGAACGCCUUGUACAAAUACAAAGCAUGUGACCACUGUAUGAGGUCCCUGGAGACGGCGGAGGAGAACAGCCGCAGACUGUCGGGCAAUCCCAGCCUGAGCCUGCCCCACCCGGAGCAGUGCACUGUUCGCAAGGAGCUGCUCCACUACUGUCCCAUGUGCCAGGUCCUUUACUGCAGCACAGACUGCAGGCAGGCGGCACUGAAGCAAUACCAUCAGGUCCUGUGUCUCGGCCCCUCGAAGGACGAUCCUCAGCAUCCCCUCAACAAGCUGCAGGAAGGAUGGAGGAACAUGCAUUACCCUCCAGAGACGGCCAGUAUUAUGCUCCUGGCCAGAAUGGUUGCCAUGGUGAAACAGGCCAAAGACAAAGGGCGCUGGAAGAAGCUCUUCUCUCAGUUCUGCAGCCGGACCGCCAAUGAGGAGGAGGAGAUCGUCCACAAACUGAUCGGAGACAGGUUCAAGGGACAGCUGGAGUCACUGCGGCAUCUCUUCACCGACGCACUGUACGACGACUGUCUCAGCCAGUGGUUCACUCGGGAAGGUUUCCGCUCGCUCUUUGCUCUGGUGGGAACCAACGGACAAGGCAUCGGCACCAGCUCGCUGAGCCAGUGGGUGCACGGUUGCGAUGCGCUGGAGCUGGCUGCGCCGCUGCGGGAGGAACUGGACAGCUUCAUCGACCAGCUGUACAAGGACAUCGAGAGAGAGACGGGAGAUUUCCUGAACUGCGAAGGAUCUGGACUCUAUAUCCUGCAGAGCUGCUGUAACCACAGCUGUGUCCCCAACGCUGAGAGCUCCUUUCCUGAGAACAACUUCCUGCUGCACCUCACUGCGCUCCAGGACAUUGAGGCGGGGGAGGAGAUCUGCAUCACGUACCUGGACUGCUGCCAGCGGGAGAGGAGCCGGCACUCACGGCACCGGGCGCUCAGGGAGAACUACCUGUUCAAGUGUUCGUGCCCCAAGUGUGAGUCUCAGGCGGGAGACCCUGACGUCAGCUCGGAGGAGGAGGAGGAGGAUGAGGGCGAUGCGGAGGCUGGUGCUGGCGCUGGUGCCAAUCUGGAGGACGAGAUGACGGAGGUGUAGAGGGAACGGACGCGGUGAACGACAGGCCUGUGGCCCAACCC